AUGGAGAAAAAUCAAUUAAUUUCUCACACAGGGCUCUCUCCAAAGGAGAAAAGUUACGUAAUUUGCACAUGUGAAGCAAAAUCUAUGAAAUACGCAAAUCUAAAAACAAAAGCAGCUGAAGCAAUACGAGAAGCUAAAAUAUUCUCCAUCCAAGGGAAAUGUAGUCCCGUUCGAAAAGCUCUACUUGAUCGUGGGUGGCUGGAAAAGUUGCCUCCAAAUCGAAUGAAUCUAACAAAAUUACGGCGUGGCACAUUUUCCAAUAAAACGGAUAUACAAAGUGAGCUUGAACGGUUGCUUCUUUCAAACUUUGUUGAAAAAUGCAAUCCCAAUUUUGUUUGGCGCACUCGUGAUGAUCGAAGAGAUACAACAAUAGAUAUGACUAAGGAUUACAAUACCAUUAUCAAUAAAUUAGAAAUUGAUGCUAUGUGGACUUCUAAACAAGGAUUAUGCUCUUCAAUGAAAAGAAAUUACUGGUUCUAUAUUGAAGACAUUGCAGAAGUUAAUGGUCCUAGAUCGUAUAAUAUACCCGAACCUGGCGAAAUAGAGGGUUUUAUUAAAGAUUACAAAAUUACUGCCUGUACUAGUCUGUUGAAGUGGGUACUCUCAAUGGUGGCGAAUAACAGACCAGUAUUUAUUGAUGAUGGCGAAAUUUCUAUGAAUGUUAUCGUGUUUGCUUUAAAAAGGUGCAAAGAGUAUUUGUUACGUAAACAACAUAAAGACAUUGAUCGGGACUUAAACUUAAUAACUGAAGAACAAUGGAAUUCAUUUUUAAAAAAAUACUAUUGUAUAAUUGCUAAAGACGAAAUAUUUCGAAAAGAUAAGUAUGAAAAGUUACCGUUAUAUCUAUGCUAUGCUAAAUUUUUAUUGAAAGAAAUACAUAGAUACAGACCUCAAUUAAGUUGUGAAGGAUGUCACAAUAUUUGGAUAAUUAAACCUGCACAUUGUUCAAGAGGAAGAGGUAUACGAAUGGCAUCAAAAUUAGGUGUUAUCACAAAUUUAUUGAAUAAAGCAAGUGCAAAACAUGUUAUUCAAAAAUACAUUGAAGAGCCACUUUUAAUUCAUGAUACAAAAUUUGAUAUCAGACAAUAUUACUUAGUCACCAGUACGUAUCCUUUAAUCGUUUGGAUGUACAAAGACUGUUAUUUAAAAUUCAGUUCACAAAAGUAUAGUCUGAAAAAUUACCAUGAAUCAAUCCAUUUGACGAACAAUGCUGUACAGAGAAGAUAUACAAAUUGCAAAGGGAGACAUUCCGAACUUCCUUCGAAUAAUAUGUGGGAUUUAGAGAAGUACAAAAACUAUUUAGAUAAUAUUGGAAAGGAUAAAGUUUGGGAUAAUAUCAUUUACCCAGGAAUGAAAAAAUCUAUAAUUGGAAUAAUGUUAAGUUGCCAAGACACUUUGUCAGUCUGCAAAAAUCGAUUUGAAUUGUACGGGUGUGAUUUUAUUUUGGACAAAGAAUACAAACCGUGGUUGAUAGAAAUAAAUUCAUGUCCCGAUCUCAAUAGUACUACUCAAGUAACCGGAAAAAUUUGUCCAGCUGUUGUAUCCGAUAUAAUAAAAGUUGUUAUAGAUUAUGCAAAUAAUCAUAAAGCUUCAACGGGAAAAUUUGAAUGUAUUUAUCGACAACCUAUGACACUACCGAAAUACGGCAAUACAACUGAUUUGACCGUACAAGGCUAUUCAUUACCUUAUGAUUAUUUCUAUAAAGGUAAUGUUGAAAUACAAGAAUCUUAUGAUGACAUGGAUAUGGGGACAGAAUAUAAUAUUCGUGCCGUACUAAAUAAACUUAAGCGUUUACAUGGUACGGAGACAGUAAUGAAACAACCAGAAGACACUAAUUAUGAUAACUCAAAGGAAAGUAAUGACUCUUGUACACAUAGUACUCUUUCAGAAAAUGAAAUGAGUCCCAGCCCGGAAAGACAAAGCGACAGAUCAGAAAUAAUUGAAGAUGUUAAUUCCGAUAAAACUUUAUCUUCAAAGAAUAUCCCAGCAACAGAUUGUUCACUUUCUAACUCUAGCUCCAAUCAUUCGAAAUAUGCUAUUCAGAAUGUUUGUAGUGUUACGGAUCUAAUAACAUUCCUUAACCACUAUCGUAAAACAGAAAUAAAGCAAUCAUUUAGUUUCAGUAAAUUAGAUGAUGGGCCUCUGGGAAAAGCAAGUUUUAAUGAUAUUUUAUCAGAAAAAAAGAAAACAUUAAUUGAUUCUGAGAAACCAUUAUGUGACAAUAAAAAUAAUGAAUUGAAUUAUGUGUCGUAUUUACCAAACAGUGAAUUAAUCCCAGCUAAUUGUCAUAAAAAUGAUAGUAUGUUUUUAGCGGCAUCAAAAAUAAUAACAUUUAUUAAGGAGAAAGAAAAAGAGUAUGAAGCAGAAUCGUAA